CAAUUGGUGGCUGACUAAAUACUUUUUUGCCCCACUGUAGCUGUCAAGGAAACUGCAUAGAAUGGCAUAAGAGUGAAGAUUGACCUGAGAAUAUCUUUACAUUUAUAAUCAUUACAUAGUGGACAAUAUUUAUAAUGUGGUUUGUUUGAUUUUGCUGAUCAUGAUGUGCAAACCCAUCCUAAAUAAGAAACUGUGGCUUGCAUCAUGCUAAAUUAAAGUCAAACCAACCAUAUUAUGACUUAACAUAGAAAUCCAACAUAACAGUGCCACUUUGCUGUAUUUAUUUCCUUUAUGAGCUUCUCAAAGGCAAGUGAUAUUACUUCCACAUCAUUCCCUUUCCUUGUUUUGUCUUUUAUACAUACUACCACAUAUACAAAUUAGUGACUCACCUGCUGUUUGUUCUUUGGUAUCAUCCCCUAGAUUUCUGGUUGUAGAACUUGAUCUACGUGCUGGUUGUUAAACAGGAUUGGCACAAUGGCAUGGAUUCUAGGGAGUUUUUGGGAAGGAAACACCCUUGUGGGUUGAACUGGCACACUGAUUUUGUAAAAAAUAAAAUCAGUUGGGGUUGCCUAGUGAGGAAGAUUUGUGUUCCUGGGCUUGCAAUCACCACAAGAAAAAAAUCCCAACUAGAAGAGCUUCAGAAGAAAACCUACACACAAUUUUAAUAAGACACCAACACCUUGUGUCAGUUGUGUGAUUCAACAUUUUGGCUGUACGUUGCUGUAAUGAAAACAAAUUUAGAACCUUUCCUGGGAUGUCUGUUGACUGUUGUAAGCUUGGUACAAUUUUAAUUGUCGGCCUUGCUGUCAAAGAUAAUAGGUACCAGGUGCUGGCUAAGCUUGUUUUCAGUACUCUCAUGUUGAGAAGGGUUUAUUUUAUUGCAAACCAAGACUACAUGGACAUUCUUGGAAAUGUUAUGUUCAUUCUGAAUAUAUGCAGAAUUCAUAUUACAGAGAAAGAAGAAUCCAGUCAUUCUUUUAAAAAUGGUAAGCAUUUUGCACUUGUGACUAUUUAAAUUUUUCUCAUCUUUCCCCUUGGUUUCAGUGUUAUAUUAUUUCAAGGGCAGACUGUCCCGGUCAUAGAGGAAAAUUUAUCUCUUGAAAUGGCAGGCCAUAAAACCUACUUGUCCUCCUGUACUUAGGGAGCAAGUUUGAAUGAAAGGACACUCCUGGGGCAAUUUGUGUAAAGGCUUCUGCCAUAUGCUGCCUUAUGCUGGAGCAGCCUUAUUGCAGUCUAGCGCUGUGUAUUGCUUAGGAUUCAGUUCCAACAGGGGAAUGAACAUAGCACAUAUUUGCAACUCUUUAAGGCAACCCAACAUUAAGUGAUCUCACUAAAAGAUAUGGGGUUUUAAAGAGUUGCAGACAAGUGCUACUUUCAUGGUUCCCUAUUCUCUUAAGCACCUUUCUAGAACCGCUUCUGAAGCACUGCACCAUGCUACUCCAUACUGUUUAAGCUCUCUGACUUGGAGAGAGCAAGUAGAUAAAUCAAGGUUAGUUGAACAUUUCAUAUCAACCAGUAUCUUUAAUUAAUGGUGGAGUCAUAAAUUAGGGUUUGCUCUUACUUGUGACUCAAGCUUGUGAGGAGAAGAAAAAGCUAGGGAUUUCAGUUAAUAGGUAAUAUUGAAUCUCAGAGUGACAGGGCUCCCAGAUUAGACAAGAUGAGCUGCAAAACCUUUUUGAGCUUUAGAAUCAUAUUUAGAAUGGGGAGGACGGAUGUCUUGGACAGUCUUAUAAAAUAGCCCCUCCCACCAAUGACAGCCAAUUACAAAACAGCCCUUUAGUAAAAGGUAAACUGAGAUUGCUCCCUGCUGGUCCCUUUUGCUUCCCAGGAUGCUCUGAAACAGCUCAUCUUUGUCUUUUUGGAAACUUGUGGGAAUGCUUCCAAGCAAAACAAGGGACACUAGUAUUUAAGAAUGUGCCUUUUAGGCUGAAUCAUUGUUGGAAAUAUGAGGCUGGUGAUUUGCUUUAUAGCAAGUGGCCUCCACUUUAUCAUGUUUUAAUUGCAUUAGCAUUAAUAAGAUCUGGUGGGUAGGGAAUUUGGCAGGAUCAAGGCAGGUUUGGCUAGGAUGUGAUCCAGGAUUAGCUGGAGCAAAAUGGAGGUGAUUGAACAGCAUAGAUCAGCACACUUGCUUGAUCACAGUAAGCUAACAUUCCAAGGAAUCUGCUUCCUUUCCUAUUGGCAGCCUUUACAGAGCUGAGAAAUGGAACCUUAUUGCAAGUCCUUGUUAUAUGGGUAUUAGUGCCAUUAAAAAGCCCUGCACCUUUCCUGCAGAAAAUUAGGAAGUUUUGUUUAUUCUUUUGGGCACUUAAUAAUUUACUUGGUGUAGGUGUUCAUGUUGAAAAAAGGAACAUAAAUUAAAAAACAAACUGCUAGUUUAAAAAAAUACUUCGGAAAAUUCACAAAGCAUUCUCCCUCCCUCCCUUUUCCCUUUGAUCCUUCCACUUCUCCAUCGUUUGGUAUCACUGUGGACUUUCUCCAAGUACUUUCACCUUUGAUGUUGUCAUGAAUGCUUGAUUAGCAAUGUUGCCACCCUUAUUACACAUUGCAUAUUGUUCAAAUUUUCCUUUCCUAUUUUUCUGGCAGUAUCUGUUGUGUUGCCAUUCUUUUGGAGAAAUUCUAAUUGAACUUUCUGGGAAUCAAGGGCAGUUGCUGAAUUAAUACUUUAGAAAACUUACUUAUUUAUGAAAAAGUCUGGAGGAAAAUAAUUCCUUGCAGAAAGAGAAAAUGGAAAGCAACAGCUCACUUUGUAUUCAGCGUUGGUCUACUAGACAUGUGGCCAAAUGGCUGAAGGAAGAAGGCUUUUGUGAGUAUGUGGACGUUCUUUGUGAUAAACACCGAUUGGAUGGGAUUACGCUAUUGACUCUGACAGAGUACGACUUGAGAUCUCCUCCCCUGGAAAUCAAGAUUUUAGGUGAUAUCAAGCGGCUUAUGUUGUCAAUACGUAAACUGCAGAAGCAUCAUGUUGACAUUUUGGAAGAGCUUGGCUAUUGCAAUGACAGCCCCAUAGGUUCCCUGUCGCCCGUGAUUGGCUGUGUUCAAGGGAGAGAAUGGUUUUGCAAUGGUGAAGUGCAGCGGGACUGUGAUGACUGUGAACCUGUGUCUGAUCUGAGCGCUGAGCAGUAUCAGUACACAAAUGGGAAAAACAAACAUUCUGUAAGAAGGCUGAACCCAGAGUACUGGAAGACGGCUUUGAGCUGCAUAUAUGUGUUCAUUGUGUUUGGCUUUACAUCCUUUGUCAUGGUCAUUGUGCAUGAGCGAGUACCUGAUAUGCAGACCUAUCCACCACUUCCAGACAUAUUCCUGGACAGUGUCCCUAGAAUACCAUGGGCUUUUGCCAUGACUGAAGUAUGUGGAGUGAUUCUCUGCUACAUCUGGUUGCUGGUUCUCCUCCUUCACAAGCACAGAUCUAUCCUUUUGCGACGACUAUGCAGCCUGAUGGGAACUGUGUUCUUGUUGCGUUGUAUAACAAUGUUUGUGACGUCACUGUCUGUGCCAGGCCAACAUUUGCAAUGUUCUGGAAAGUUAUAUGGCAAUGUGUGGGCAAAACUUCAGCGAGCCUUUGCUAUUUGGAGUGGAUUUGGCAUGACGUUAACAGGAGUGCACACCUGUGGAGACUAUAUGUUCAGUGGCCAUACUGUUGUCCUGACUAUGCUGAACUUUUUUGUUACCGAAUAUACCCCAAGAAGCUGGAACUUUUUGCAUACGUUGUCUUGGGUGCUGAAUCUGUUUGGGAUCUUCUUCAUUUUGGCUGCUCACGAACAUUACUCCAUUGAUGUCUUCAUCGCCUUCUACAUCACCACAAGACUCUUUCUGUAUUAUCAUACCCUGGCGAACACAAGAGCCUAUCAGCAAAGCAGGAGGGCCAGGAUCUGGUUUCCCAUGUUCUCCUUUUUCGAAUGCAAUGUCAAUGGUACAGUUCCAAAUGAAUAUUGCUGGCCCUUUUCAAAGCCAACCAUAUUGAAAAGAUUAAUUGGCUAAAGAAUAUUCAGUUUAAUUCACAUCUGUAUGAAGUACCUGCAACUAACUUCCUUCAAGAAACACUGGACAGAAAGGGUUGUUUUCACCCACAGCAUCUCCUCUGGCCUUGUUCAUCCUGCCCUGGCUACAAGGUUCAGAGAAGAACAAGAACACAUUGCCAUUUUUUUAAAUAUUCAGGCAAAGUUGUUAAGCUGUAAUGACGUUCUGCAUGAAUGUGGUGAGGGUAAAUUGCUGCUUCAGCAAAUCUCGUAGCUUCCUUGUUGGAGGAUCUUAAAUUGUUCUUUGCCAUGGGAACAACUUUGGAUCCAGGUACUACCUGAAUAGCUUUUGGGUCUGUUUGCACAUCAUGGGUAAUCAUAAAUGGCUGCGCAUUGACUAUCUCCAGUUUGCGCCCUAUGGAUGGCCCUUUGGCUUUGGUGUGGAUUCUGCUCAUGAAAACCUUUUGGAAUGGGUAGCCGCACGGUUCAAAUGCAAGGCAAUACCACUUACAGUCUGGAUGAAACCAAUAACAGCAAACCAAGAGAAGCUCGUGUCUUGCAUUUGGACAGUAUGUUUAAAUAUGGGGAAUGAUUAACCGGCUAGUGAUGGAAUGGCCUUGCUCAGAUUGCUUGCAGAAAGAGAUCAUGCAUGCAGGUGGGCUCUAGCAGGGUGCGUUCACAGCUUAACUAUGUAAUGCUUAUAUGUGAUGUGCAAGCACAGUUAUUGUAUCUUGGACAAAUACCAGUACUGACACAAAUGCCAUAGCUGUACGGUAAUUGCCUCUAAAGGUUUAUUUAGCAAGUAAAUGGGUUGGGGAACAUUCACCCAGUGGAAUGAGUUCCAAAGCCUUCAGUGUGAAAAAGACAUGCUGUAUUAAUAAAAGGGCCAAGGUUAGGGUCUCUGGUGAAUGAUACUAAAAUGGCAACUCUGAACAGGCUUCACUGACUUAAGGUAAGUUAAUACUAUUUUGUCACCCAGAGGUCCUGAGUGUUUACAUUUCAAUAAACCGGUAAGAAAUACAUUAUCUUCUGAAAUGAGGUUGAUUGAGAUUUAGUGCCACAACUCUUUCAGGCAGUAUUAAAAACACUUAUUUAAAUCUCUGCAUGCUUUUCAAACAUUAACAUUAGGGUAGUAAUAUUGUUUGGGUGACAAGCAAAUAAUGUUACAUUGAAUAAAGGAAAGGUGGAAUCUUAAUGGAGUUUGGUUGAAGUACAUGGAGAUGCACAGAACAGAUGUUUUGGGAAAGGAGGUUGUUUCUCUCCCCUUCGCUGUAGUCUUCAAAGGUAUCUGACCACGGCAGAAGUUGAAAUUUAAUUGGCUGCUUGAGAAACUUCUGAGCCUCUUUUGUUGCAAGUUAAUCAAGGGAACUUUUGUGGUUUCAGUCACUGUCACCUUCUUUUGAUGAAUAACACUUGGCAUUUGCAGGUCCUGGCAUCCCCUAUUUUUUCUGUGAAACCUAGCUUUCAUAGAAGUUACUCAGAUUUGUUCUUGAACUUUUAAACCAUAUACUCAAUUUAAAGUUGGGAGUCCCAAUAGGCUGAAAAUGGGGUUGGUUUUUAGAAUGUUGGUUAAAAUGAGUUCAGGGUACAGCCUUUCAAAAUAUAAAAAAAAAGUUUUGGUCAUUUUAAAUCUGGAAUGCAAGAUUUGUCACUUCAGCACAGGUUGCUCAUUCUUUGAAUUCAUUUCCAUUGUACGUAUGACUAUGUACCUGUUCAAAAUUGUCUGUCCGCACAACUGGACUUUUAGAAUCAUACUGUGCGUAUGGAUUGUUUAUAAUCCAUUUCUAAUUUAUAGUUUUAAACUCGACAUUAAAAGUUGCAGUCAAGUCAAUUAUAGAAUCUUAGUCAUUAACUUCAUGGAGUACAGUAAGUUUCAGUGAUCCAGAAUAGCCAGUCUGUCCUCUUGUUUGGAUACUUUUCAGUUAAUUAACACUGAUUUUCUGGUGUAGGUCAGAUGACAAUGUAGCCUAAUUGCAACCUUUUUCCAGUGCCUCUUCCUGAUAGCUAAACUAACCCAAUCUCAGAGAACUGUUUCCAGAGCUGUGAAUUGGCAAAAGGCAUGUAAGAGAUCAUGAACGCAGUCCUUUUUGAUUCUGUGCUCUGUACUGAACAUGGAUUAAUAUUGGUAGGCAUGAAAAUACAGGACUUUGCUCUGAACUUCAAGAAACCUUUCCAAAAAUGGGCUGAACUAAAAUUAGAGGCACAUAAAACUUUCUCAUUCUGCACUUUAAAAGUAUUUUCACCCAAGAACAUUGUAUAGUUUCUAAUGAUAUUUAAUAUUGCCACAGUAAUACAGUAUUCAUGUAAAUGUCUACUUCAGAAUCUUUUGUGCCAUUUUAAGGUGAAAAUAUUCUCCUUGUAGAGAAUAGUUUGCCUUAUUUUUCACAAAUUGCGGGAUGUUCCAGAGAAUGUUUUGAAACUGAAUCCUUUCUAUAAAGAUAUUUCUAUGCAUACUGGCCCUUAAUUUGCAUUGUUAGUAUUCAUAAGUCCAGUGCAUAAAGAAAUUGGGCAGGGGGGUCAUCUCCCAGUAUAUUAUAGCGCAGCAUGAGUUUUUUAAAAAAUUAGAAAUACAGAAGCAGCCUCAGUUGUUUCUAUCCACUGAAGUGGCAGCUUUUUAUGGUUGCAGCGAUGGGGCAAACAAUAAUGUGAACAAUUUGCAUUUUGAAUACAGUAAUAUUGCAUCUUUUGUGUGGCAGAAUGGGAAAAAUUAAAAUGAUUUUCUCCCCUCACUCACAGCAACACACUUCAGAGUUUACCUAAUGUUUGCUUGAUAGCGAAAGUGGAAAUUAGCUUUCUUUGAAGCACACAAUGUUGGCUUUUUAAAACAAAUCUCAGUAAAAUAUAACUGUGAAUACUAGAUAGAAGCAGUCUUUCCCUAAGUUUACAAAUGCCUUUGGUGACGGAACAAUUCUUUACCCACCAAAAGUAUUCUGAAGUUUACAGUUCAGAUCCGCAGUAUUAUAUUGCUAGUUCACCUGGAAGCAAUGCAAUAGAACCAGUUGUAUUGGAACAAAUGUACAGGAACAGAACUUAACGGCCUUCUAUAUGAGUAGCUUUGAUGAUCUUUCUAUGCCUGGACAGUGCCAUUUAAAAGUUCAGGCGGAGGCUUCCUUGACAGAAUGCUUCCCCCGUCAAGAAAAAACUGUACAAAGAAUUCUGCCUCUGAAGUCUUAACUAAUUCGUUGCUCCUAGUAUGACUUACGUGCAACUUUGAAAUAAUAUGCAGUUGUAAUGAUAGUUGUAUUUGCACUUUGGAUUCUAAUCAAAAUUAGCUGUUCUAUGAAUUGUAGCAUUAUAGUCUGGAAUAUUUCAUCUUAAAUUUAAUGCCACGUUUGUUCAUUCUGAAAUAUGUGUCAUUCUCAUUUCCCCAGAUUGUUCCAAAGUAUAAUAUGUUUAUACCGUGGAUUUCUCCUGUUUAAUAGGUCAGAUUUGAGUGUUAUCCUUUAACUUAGAGAAGUAAUAUAUAUUAUAUUACCACUGAUUUCUUAAUUUUCCAAGCAGGAUUCUUUGUUUACCUUUUGUUUGUAUUCGGAGUAGAAAAGUAGUAAAAGUAAGACCAAUGAUUUCAAAACCUGGCAUGUAUUAUUUUGUAAAUCAGAAGUACCUCAUGUCCUUUAAAGGAUGUCAGUGGGCAGUAACUUAAGGUUUGCCUUAACCUGACACCCUGGGUGUUAUGUUUCCCUGCUGUUGGCACCAAGCACUAUCUAGCCUGUUAAGGACAUAUCCCAAACAAGGACUGUGAUGUGUUCUGCUAUUGCCCAAAUCUUUAAACUAAUAUUUGAAUACACCCAUUAUGCAAUCACCAGUUUCUUUUAAUCCAGGAGUGUCAAAAUAGCCACUCCAGGAUCCUUUUCCUGCUUCCUAGUAGAAACUUAAUUAGCUAAUGGGUGGAUGUCACUUGGCCAUGAAAACAAAUUCUGGCAAAACCAAGGUUUCACAGGCCCAGAAGUAUCACUGCCAUCAUAGUGGAGGGCUCUGUUUCAGUCCCAAGGGGCCUGGCCUGGCCUGAGGACAUCUGAUUUUAAAACAAGGAACUAUACAUCUCUACAGUUCUAUUUCCUCAGUUAUAUGCUAAGCGUGGUUGCUGUUUUGCUGUUUUGCUCAACAAAACCAAGGCAAGAGGAGAAUAGUGAUUAGGCUAAAGUUGUUGAUUUGAUAUAUAUCUCACAGACAUUUUGCUUUUGAUCUUUCCCCUAUCCCCAAGAACAUGGUGAUGUUUGAAGACUUGAAUAUUCCUUUUACAGAAGAGUUUGAAGCACAGGUGUUAUGUAAGUGAAGAUGGGGUUAGUUCCAAUAUGAACAUGGAUUUAAUUUAUAUUGUUUUGUAUGUCUUGUGUUAAACUAUUGAAGCAUUCAAUAAAAUCUAAAGAUUAACUAAAU